AUGCGAUCCGCAUUGCUUUGCGUUUUCUUUACACUAAUUGUAAGAAGAAUACGCGCAGAAAACGAUGACUUUAGGCCAACACCAAUCCCGUUGAACGAAUGGCACCACGAAAGAAGAGAAGGUCGCACUGGAACGUUGCACGAAACUAUCAAAACAGACUCACCGCCUUCUGUAGCUGCAAUACCUGCGCACUACUGGGAAGACGCUUUGAGACACAGCGUAUAUCUUACACUCGUUAGAGACAAAAUUGACCAGCUUAUUGCCAAGGGUGACGUCAUAUCUCCAAAUAGUAAACCCGACAGUUACGAUUCUAAAGAGAUCGAUGAUCACGAUUUAUGGGAUAAAAUUAAAACUGCACCUUUCGAUAGAAUACAAGAGGAGGAGCCAGCUUAUUUUGGUGACGUCACGAUUAUGGCAAAGGGGCGCCUCUUAGAAGAAAAGAACGGAUUUCGCUUCGCUGAAGACGAAAGGACGAAAGAAAAAUGCACCGGUGACAAGUGCAUGGAUGGUGUAAAAGCAUUUUGGUCAGUCAAACGCGUCCGACAGAGAGACCAAGAAACAUCGCCUGGUAAAUAUCAUUACGAGUUGACAUUCUCCGUUAUCUCUCAAAUGCCUAAAAAACAAAAGAAGCCAUAUGAAAAUCCGAUCCGAACAUUCACGGUAAAGGAAAGCUCUCCAAAAGGAAUAAUAAUAGAUAGGCCGCAAGAGCAUCGUAGAUUUGAUCCUGUAUCUUUUCAUACGUCAAGGCCAGAAAGAGCUGUAUGGGUUCACAAAAAUAUAGCACCGUCAAAAUCUUUUACAGGAAGAAAACAAUACUUUUCAGGCUUAGAUAGAAUUUUUUCUUCGUUUUUCUCAGACGACGACAACAGGUCAUACGAAUCAACGCAAUCUAAGUAUAAGUCAAACUCAUAUUCUGGGCAAACAGGAUCACAAUAUUCAAAAAUAGGGCAUGUCGGGGUCUCUGUGGAUAAACAUCAAAUGCCAUAUCCAUAUAGACCACAUCCAGUCCAACAUGCACGCCCACCUCUACAAGCACCUCCAAAUAAUCAAAUGCAACAAUAUUUGGAAGUUGGUUCGUAUACAACGGCUAACAGUAACCCAUACGCACAUUAUUCAUAUGAUCAUCACGUAGAAUCAAACCAACCUGUAAAAACAACUCGACCGGCUGUCUUGCCGACACCUCUACCACCAGUAUUACCAUCUAGAGAUCAAUCUACAGAUAUGACGAAUACAAUGUCCCUAGAAAGUACGGCUUUUACUCCUAACACAAUGAAGAUACAUAAACCAUACAACAAAUAUAAAUCAACACCAGUUAAAGUUAAUUAUUUAUCCGAGCAUGUAAGGCCUCCAGUUUAUAAUGCUCCACCCGGUGUGUUCGUUACAAUGGAUAAAAAACCAUUUAAACCGAUGCCACCUUUAAAACUCGUCCACCCGGCUAAGCCACACAGACCAAAUAAACCAAUUGACUUCAGACCAAGUCCACAAGUUUUGGAUCAGAAUUCUGACCAAGGUUCAUUUUCUGAUACAGCAUUUAGACCGAUAACAAUGAAUUAUGGGGACAAUAGCUCAUCUGAUAGCAGCGAAUUUAGUUAUACUAAUAAAAAAAGCGAGACCAAAAAUCUAAAGAAACCUUCGAAGAAACAUGAAAAUAUAAGACCACAUCGUAUCACCACUCCAACUCCAGAUAUAAUAACCGUUCAAUCUACAUCCGACGAAGAAAUCGAAAUAAUGGAUUGGACCAACGUUUUAGGAGCUUUCACUAAAACCACACCAAUGGUAUCUCAAACGGAAAAGAUGCAAAUAUCUGAAACAACUACGCAUAUGACAACACCAGUAACCGUAACGACCCCGAAAAAAAUUAUAAUAACAACAGAAGCAGCAAAAGAAACAACAACAUCAAUAUCAACAACUGUAAAACCCAAAAAACGAACGCGACCUCCACCAAAAUUCGUAAAACAGGAAAAAAUUAAAAAACACAAAAGAAUCACUUCAACGACGACUACUACGACUACUAAUGCACCAGAAAGUUUAAAUAAAAAAAGACUACUACAAGACCUAACACCACAAGCAAGUUCAGCAGCAACGGGUGCCAUGAAAUCAUUUAGAACCAAUGAAUCAAAUAACAAAACGAUCUCACCCUCGACUUCAAGUACAACUACAACUACAACUACAACUACUACCACGACCACGACCAAACCAACUACGACAAAAAAAACAACUACAACUCAAACGCCUAGCACGACAGUAAAAAAAACGGUCAGUUCAACGACACAGCCAAAGAAUAAAAAUCGAUUCCGACAGUCAACGUUAAUGUAUAAAGGAACAUCAGUUAAACACGACAGAUGGAACUCUGUCGCAAUGCAAAAAAAUCAAACAAUGACUACAUCGAUACCCUCGUCACUUUUAUACAGGAGGAAGGGUUCUAAUUUUCAAGGUUAUAUUUCAUCGACUACUCCUCGACCAACUGACGACGAAAGAGAUAAAAAUAAUCACGCGGAUCGGAAAUUGAGUUUAACCAAUUUAAAAGCAAGUACUAAAACACCUAAUGCUACCACACAAGCAAGUUCGAAUUAUGAAGAAACUAUUGAUCAAUAUGAAAGCAAUAGUGUUUUACCAAUAGAAAGAUCGCCAGAGGCCAAUGAGAACAAUCAAAAUUAUAACAAUGAAACUAAAGAUCGCACAGAGUAUAUAUUUCAGUCUACAACUACCCCAUUAUAUGAAGUAGAGGAAACAUCAUCAGUUGGAAAAUUAGUGGAAGUUGAUUCGACAUUGUAUACACAGCCUAAAAACAAAACAAAGUGCAAAAAGAAGAAAAAUAGUAUCUCAACUACAGAAGAAAAUAUGGAUAUAGAUUCUGAUACCCUUACUACAAUAAUGGUCCCAACUAUAUCUAAAACAUCAACAGAAAUAGCAACUACAAGCGAUAUUCUCCAAGAACUUUUUAACUUUGAUUUUAAGGGUAAUAAUGAUGAAACUACAAAUGAUAAUACUAAGGCUGAUUUAGAUGAAGAAGAAAGUUUAAAUCACGAAAAUUAUUCGAAAAUCGAUACAGAUUUUGACUUUUUGGGGGUGUUGAAUGGUAAAAAAGAACACAAAUCGUAUGAACAAAAUGAUUAUCAAUAUGAGAGUGAUGAUGAUACCGGUGAUAAUGAUGAAGAUAAUAGCUAUGAGGAAGAAUAUGAAGACAGCAAAACACUUUCCAUUGAUGAUGAUGAUACUGAAUUCGAGUCAGACGAAGAUGAAGAAGACAAAAAUGAAACUGAAAAAUCAUACAAGGACAACCAUGAGAAAAAACGAUCCUACAGUUUUUUAGAACUAAUGGCUAUGUCAUAGACUGAAUCUUCUAAAUUAUAAUUUCGCUUGCAGCUUUA